UACACGCCGCUGGGAGCACAGAGCAGAUCCAGGUACCACAUCAUGACUUCUGAAACAAGUGGGCAGACGAUAACAGUGACGGCAGAGGGUGUAAAACCCCCUGCCCCAGGCUCAGUGGCAGAGAAAGAAAACUGGAAGUGCCCGGUGAGCGAGGCUCACAUCCACAGAGAAGAUGUCAGGAAGAUUUGGAAGGAGUGCCAGGAGGAGAGCUUCUGGUACAGAGCUCUUCCUCUCUCACUGGGCAGCAUGGCUGUCACUGGAGGUCUCAUCUAUAAUGGUGUUUGGAAAGCAUCAAAGAGGUUUGGUCCAUUUCCAAAGCUAGCAGUUGCUGGCAUCCUGGGUUAUGCUGUGGGGAAAGCUUCCUAUGUCCCCACUUGCCGAAGCAAGUUCCAGACACUGGGCCUGCAGGAAGGCCCCGGAUUUGGACCUGGAUUUGGACCUUGGUCCAGAGGAGGACCCUGCACUCCUGAACACGAAAUCGAUGGGAAACACUGAAAGACUGUCGCCAUGGAUCUACCAGUUUCAACAUUUCCUUUGUUUAAUGCCACAGACACUGCACUUUGACUUUAUUUGUCUUGUGUCUUUGAAUCUGGUGCAGUUCACAGAAACACCACUAGAGGGUGCCAAUACCCAUUCUUUCACCAGACGGGAAGCAUUUCAUUUCCAUUUUCGUCUGAAUAACACUUCCUCUGCAGAGGUACAAAGUCUAUUAUUGGAGAGGAUUAAAAUAGAAGCCAUACAGUUUAAUCAUUAACAGUCAAACAGAAAUCAUGGGGUCUAAAAUGUAAAAGAAAUUUCCCAUGUUUCUCAACAUGCUAUUGUUAUUUUUAAGAUUUACUACGAAAGAGCAAUGACGAAAACAUGUAUUUUUUUUAAUGCAGUCAUUCCCGUGUAGACAAAACUGGUACAGUGCUUAAAGCAUCGUAGUUUUAUUCUUCCCACUCUUUUUCGGGUACUCAUCAAUUGACUCAGUGUUUUUCUUUUUCUCUUUAAAUUGUGUGUAUUAUGUCAAGUACUCGAAAUAAACCGGCUAAACUAAACUGAGUGGGAAACAUCAUCAUCAUACUUGUCAGUGAUCAACAACAAGCACUUAAUUACUGUUGAAGUCUUGAACAUCUCUGUAGACAACUGUUGGGUGUUUAAGUUUCUAAGCAUUCAACUACAAACAGGGCAAACCUGAAGUAGUCUGUGCUUAAGUAUUUUGUACUUCACUAAUAAAUAACU